AUGGCCAAUGUUUACUUGCCGUCGCAGACAAUAUCACCUGCUUCCCAUUCCAAUUCUUUGCGAAAGCCAUCUGACGCGACUUCUACUCGCUCAAUCGGCUUUGCCUCUGACCGUUCCCCACUGCAGAACCUCGAGCUUGAACUAAAGCAUAUCAGCAAGGAAGAGUUCGACGCACCUGGAGUUGGGCGUUCCCUCAGUAAAAGGCAGGAAGAGCGACUUCAACGAAGUACUACUAUCACGUCAAGGCUCACUGCCAGCCCUCCUGUUCCUUCGCCAAUUAAUACAUAUCCCAUUGGGGAUGAAAGUCACCAACACCGAAGUCACAGGAUGGCCCAGUUAUUAGGAAGUAGCCCCUCCGAAGUUAAAAGUGAAGAUGGCCGUCGCAAUUCACCCCCCAAUGCCGAUGCACUAGGGAAGCCCCAAUCAGUCACAAAGCUUUCCCCUGCUCAAAUUUCUGGCCGUGACCGAAUUGGGCGAAAGUCUUACCAAGGAUAUCGAUUCCAGCAUCUAAGGCGAACAAGCAGCAGUGGGACUAAAAGUAAUAAAGGUGAUCAUACUCGAAUCACACGAGCGGCUGGUGGGAAAGAUGUCUUUGAUGUUAAGGUGGCUCAUUUGACUAUCGAGGACCGAGAGUUUGGUUAUCAGUCCCUAAGCGGAGGGGAUGCUACUAAAGAUGACGCACCUAGAGCUGGAAAUACUUCUCAUAAUGAUUCUCGUGAUUUUUUUACUGCUGAAGAUAUCACCGAUAACCAAAUAUCUGAACCCAAAAACAUCCCUGCUAAGCCCAUCUCAUCUGUCAACUCCUUCCGCCCUGUGACCGUUAUAGAGCCUACGCGUAUGGCUCGAACUAAAGAAGAAAAAAAAGAUGAGUUGAUAUUCUCAUUUAUCGCGGCUAUAAAACGUCGUGCAACCCCUGCGCCUACAACAUAUUCACCCCCACUUCAUGUCAAAUGUGGGCCGUUGCUGCGGUAUACGGGAUUACGUAGAGAUGGGAAACAAUCAAACGAAUCCAGCGCGAAAGAUGAGAGGGAGACAUGGCGUGGAUCAGUCAUGAUUGUUACCACGGAUGAUCAGUCCGAUUAUACUACAGUUCCACGCAUCCGAUUAUUUGUUCAGCCAGCACUCAGUUCGGUCAUGACAGAUACUAAUAAUCGCACGGAAACCACAAACACUUCAGCCGCUGACACAGAAGACUUGAAUAAUAACCUAAAAAAUAGAAAGGACGGCGAAAUAUUAGGCAAAUACAGGGAGGUCGAAGGCACCAAACUACAUUCGGAAAGGGGUAUUACCUUCUGGAGGUUUACCAUUGAGGUAGAAUUGGGUGAUGAACAAGCAAGAAUUGCAUACCGCAUCAAUCAUGGCCCUGUGAACUCUUUUUGGGUUCCAUCGAGGACAGAGACAAUGAAUAUUAUGUUUUACAGCUGCAACGGUUUUAGUUUGAGCGUUAACCCCGCUGAUUUCUGCGGCCCAGAUCCUUUGUGGAGGGAUGUUAUACGCGAACAUGAGAAGAAACCUUUCCAUGUCAUGCUUGGUGGUGGUGAUCAACUUUAUAACGAUGCAGUCUCAAAGAAAACGAAGCUCUUCAAAGAGUGGCUCGCUAUCAAAAACCCGAUUCAUAAAAACCACAGUGCGUUUACUGAUUCUAUGGCUGAUGAACUUGAAGAAUUUUAUUUGGAAAGAUAUUGCAUGUGGUUCUCUCAGGGGCUUUUUGGAGUUGCAAAUGCUCAAAUUCCCAUGAUAAACAUCUGGGAUGACCAUGAUAUAAUUGAUGGAUUUGGCUCUUAUCCUGACCACUUCAACCGCUGUCCCGUAUUCAAAGGACUAGGCGCAGUAGCUUUCAAGUACUACCUUUUAUUUCAACACCAAAGCAUUGUAGAUGAGCUAGAGGGAAAUGAGCCUAGCUGGCUGCUUGGUGCUGCUCCGGGUCCGUACAUCGCUGAACUGAGCAGAAGCUGCUUCAUGUUUCUUGGGAGGAAAGUUGCAUUCCUAGGCUUGGAUUGUAGAACUGAGAGAAUGAGAGACCUUGUUCUAUCCGAGAGUACCUACAAUAGGGAAUUCCUAUUGCAUACCCUAGGCUUGUCUGGCUCGAAAAUCUCAUGA